GAGGGGACGGGGAGGAAGACCCUUUAGCUGACCCAGUCCAAGGACCCGGAGGCCCAACCUACAGGUAAGAGGAGAAUAUUUACUGGAGUUGGGAGCCUAUAGAUUGCCUGGUCCUGGAAGCGCGUGACACUAGCUCAGUUCCUGGACCGGUCACGAGUGCUCUGUGUAAGCUUAAGGCGGGAGACCACGUCCUGGAGCAGUCGCGACCUUCUGGGGACGUUCCACGGGCUCUGGCUUCUGCUUCUGCUGGUGGUGGUAUGUGGAGCGCAGGUAUGGUGUCAGAAGAAGAGAUCCGAGCCAGGCUGGAGCGGGCCGGCCAGUCCCAUCUCCUGCGCUUCUGGGCUGAGCUGGAGGGGGCCGAGAGGGCGUCCCUGCUCACGGACCUGGCCCUGCUGGACUCCGACGAACUGAGGGAGCACUGCCAGCGGGCGGCCGCGGCCUGCGCCCAGGAGCAGAGUCCUCUGGAGUGCCUGGACUCCAGGAUGCAGCCGGUGCAGCCCGAGUUCCUGGGCAGCGUGCGCAAGAGCGACCCGCAGACCCUGCAGCGCUGGGAGGAGGAAGGUUUCCAGCAGAUUGCUCAGAACAAGGUGGCUGUCCUGCUACUUGCUGGGGCAGGCACUCGCCUGGGAGUGACCUACCCCAAAGGCAUGUACCGAGUGGGCUUGCCUAGUGGGAAGACACUGUAUGAGCUCCAGGCUGAGCGAAUCCGCCGAGUGGAGCAGCUGGCUGGCCAUAGACACAACACACACUGCACUGUUCCCUGGUACAUCAUGACCAGUGAGUUCACUCUGAAGCCAACAGUUGAGUUUUUUAAGGAAAACAACUUCUUUCAGCUGGACCCAGAAGUGAUCAUGUUUGAGCAGAGGAUGUUACCAGCUGUGAACUUCAAUGGCCAGGCCAUCUUGGAGAGAAAGGACAAGGUUGCAAUGGCUCCAGAUGGAAAUGGUGGUCUGUACCGAGCCCUGAUGGACAAUGGAAUUUUGGAAGACAUGGAGCACCGUGGAGUAGAGUACGUCCAUGUGUACUGUGUGGACAAUAUUCUUGUUAAAAUGGCUGAUCCCAUCUUCAUUGGAUUCUGUGUGCUGAAAGGUGCAGACUGUGGGGCUAAGGUAGUGGAGAAGGCCUACCCCACAGAGCCUGUGGGUGUGGUAUGCCAGGUGGAUGGCAUUUACCAGGUGGUAGAGUACAGUGAGGUGGACCUGGAGACAGUACAGCGUCAGGAUGAGAGCGGGAAUCUGGUCUUCAAUGCAGGCAACAUCUGCAACCACUUCUUCACUCGGAGCUUCCUCCAGACCAUUACCCGGGAAUUUGAGCCUUUGUUGAAGUCACAUGUUGCCAUCAAGAAGGUCCCUUUUGUGGAUGAAGAUGGAAAUCUGGUAAAGCCACUCAAACCGAAUGGUAUAAAGAUGGAGAAGUUCGUGUUUGAUGUAUUCCAAUUCUCAAAAAACUUUGUUGCAUUUGAAGUCCUGAGGGAAGAGGAAUUCUCUCCCCUAAAAAACUCGGACACAGCAAACAAAGACAACCCCACUACUGCCCGGCAGGCCCUCCUAGCUCAGCACUACCGUUGGGCUGUGCAGGCUGGUGCCCACUUCGUGGAUGAAAAUGGAGUCAGGAUCCCAGAGCAGCCCAGUACUCUGGGAACUGAAAACCCUCCUGUCCUUUGUGAGAUUUCUCCAUUAGUGUCCUAUUUUGGGGAGGGUCUGGAAGUAUACCUGAAGGAUGAGGAAAUCUGUUCACCUUUUAUACUUGAUGAAAACAAGGCAAAGCUGCUGGAAAAGGCUUGAUUCGUUUCAAGACCAAAUCAAAUCUGUCCUUGGGUCCACCGGCAUGAAAUUGGUUUUUGAUUUGAAUAAGACAAAUAUUUCUGGAAGCAGUGCUGCUCAGCCUUGGGUACUAGACUUUAGUGGGAAAUAUAUUUAUGAUGAAAUAUAAAUGCUAAAAUUUAUUUUGCCAAGUAUAGUUGGCUUCUAUCACCUAGGGCUGAUCAUUUGAGUCCUGUACACAGUACAGCUUUUCUUGUUGAAAUGUGGAAUGAGUAUUAUAAAGCUAAAAAUAUUAUUCCUCUCUCAUUCCUGCCUCCUUUUCUCCCAGAGGCUAAAAUCUUGCUCUGCUGAUCAAUUCUGUUGACAUUUUUUGUAUUUCUGAAUUUUUGCUAAAUUUCUUCAGGCAAUCAAUGAAGCAGAUCCAGGCUGCUAAGAAAGUACUGGGUCCUAAAGGCAAAAUGAUGCUGUAUGAUGUUAUGACAUUGUUGUUAAUCAUCGUACCAUCGCAGUGGAACACUAGCCCAGAGGCUGCCCCCUGUCCUUGUUCUGGGUUGCAGAUUAAUUUCAUUUGGGUGCAUUUUCCCCUGGCUCAUGGUGCCUUGUGGGCCAACAGGCCUUCCACUUCCUGUUUAUCUACAAACCUAGGUCAAAUGGGAAGACAGCUGCUAUUGCCCUGGCUUUAGUUCUCCGCCCAGAAGGAAACUGUCUGGAGAAUUGAGUUAGAAAGGCCAGUGUCUAGUGAGGGCUCCCACUGCCUAGAGGCCCCCUGCAGCUUUGUAAUAGCUAGGUUUAUAAGACCUUCUUAGAAAUUGAGAAGCACCUUGAGUUGUGAAACAAUAGACUGGGUGGAUCUUUCUGGGCCUCAGUGAGCAGGGCUCUGAGCGCUGGAGCUACUUUGUAUCUGGCCUUGUGACCCUGGGCAAAUUGCUUGGUAUGUUUGUGUUCUGCCUUCUUCCCCUCUAAGUAGGGGAUGGUGCUAUUUACUACCUCUUGGCGCUGUUGUGACGAAUUAAACAGAGAAUAAGCCUUCUACAAAGUGUGCUAUUUAAUUACCCUUUCCAUUUUUUCUUUGCUAAACCUUAGGUAUUUUGUUCAGUGGCUGAUGCCUGCUCAGUGCCUUAGGCUCAUGGAGACAGGAGCUAAUUACCAUCUUUCCCUUUUCUAAUCAACCCAGUGGAAGGAAAUCAGCAUGAAUGGAGCAGGUCUUGACUCUAGAGCCUGGUGUGAAAGGGAUAGAUGAAGGCUCAGCCUAGGCACAGGGAGGCAGACAGUAUUGGGAAGGAUUAAAGCCCUGUGUGACAAGCUUUGGAAAGCUACGGAAUUUUCAAAAUUUUCCUCCCUAUAACCCCAAGCAAGCCAGGCCUCACUGGCAAUGAAGCUUCCAAGGAGGCUGGCUACUCUGCAGUUCCAGUAGAGAGAUUUCUCUUUAGAACCCUGGGGCCUGCUAGGGAAAGGGGAAGUCCCUGUGCUCUCUAUGCCUGAGGUAGAAGGUCAGAUGGAGUUGGUUAGCCUGGAGCACCCGCAGGACAUGGGAAUGUACUCUGGAUCAUAGCUACUGUUGGAGCAUUCUGGAGAAGGUUUGUUUUUUUAAAAAAAUAAGCUUUAAUGACAACAAACUUCCACCUUCCAAAUAACUGCAUGUAUCUUUUUCUAUAUAAAUGUAUAAAUUCAGUCAGUUUCCUGUUAUCAACUAUGAAUCUUUUUGAAAAAAAUGUUUUAUUCAUACAUUUUGUUUUUCCAUCACAGCCAACUAUGAAUUUUAAGAAGCAGAUUGCUUUGUCUUUUGUUUUAACUCUGAAUAUGCCAGACUUUGAUAAUAAAGACCGUGCAAUUA